AUGUCAUUAGCACUUACGCGCCGCAAACGGGCUUUAACGAAAAGGUUAGGAGGCUCUUCUGGAGGCAAUGGAUGGGGUGGUACAGGUAUUAUGCCUACGGAGAAGUUAUUUAUAGGAGGGGAUUUCAAUUGUCAUAUUGGGUCGUCUGCUGGUGGCUACAGUAAGGUGCACGGUGGUUUCGGCUUUGGUGAUAGGAACGGGGGUGGUACCUCACUAUUGGAUUUCGCUAGAGCUUUUGAGUUGGUGAACGUGAACUCUAUGUUUCCGAAGAGGGAGGAACAUUUGGCUACUUUCCGAAGUAUGGUGGCUAAACUUCAGAUUGACUAUCUUCUCCUCAGGAGGUGUGAUAGGGGGUUGUGCGAGGAUUGCAAGGUGAUCCCGAGUGAGAACCUCGCGACUCAACAUAGGCUUCUGGUGAUGGACGUUAGUAUCUUGAUGAAAAGGAAGAAGAGGUUUGUAUGGGGUAAAGUGGAAACCAAGAAAGCGGCUUACCUUAAGUUAGUAGAGAGCACCGACGAGGAUCAGAGGAGAAUGAACAGAGAAAGAUAUAAGGAGGCUAGGAAGGAGGCAAAAUUAGCAGUCACAAAGGCUAAGACUGCUACAUUUGGUCGACUGUAUGAGGAACUUAGGGGCAAAGUUGGGACAAGACGUUAUUUUGGCUAG